GCCGCCAAAGGUCUCCUGGGUGUCCUCCCUGCUCCCGGACCCUCUCCCGGACCCUCUCCCCACACCAGCCUCCCAUGCCGAGGUCUGCCUUGUCAGUCAUUUCCUUUUGUCACCGGCUUGGCAAACAGGAGAGAAAACAGAGCUUCAUGGGCAACAGCAGGAACAGUUGGUCCCACGCACCGUUCCCCAAGUUGGAGCUGGGGCUGGGGUCCCGGCCUGUGGCGCCCCGGGAGCCGCCGGCCUGCUCCAUCUGCCUGGAGAGGCCGCGCGAGCCCAUCUCUCUGGACUGCGGCCACGACUUCUGCCCGCGGUGCUUCAGCACCCACCGUGUCCCCGGCUGCGGGCCGCCCUGCUGCCCCGAGUGCCGCAAGACCUGCCAGCGGAAGAAGGGCCUCCGGGGCCUGGGGGAGAGGAUGCGGCUUCUGCCGCGGAGGCCGCUGUCCCCCGCGCUGCAGGAGACCUGCGCGGUGAGGGCCGAGCCGCUGCUGCUGGUGCGCGUCAACGCCUCCGGGGGCCUCAUCCUGAGGAUGGGGGCCAUCAACCGCUGCCUGAAGCACCCGCUGGCCAGGGACACCCCCGUCUGCCUCCUUGCUGUCCUGGGAGAGCGGUACUCAGGGAAGACCUUCCUCCUAAACCACCUGCUUCAGGGCCUGCCCGGCCUGGAGCCCGGCGAGGGCGGCUGGCCGAGGGGAGGGGGCUCCGGGCAGGGCUUCCGGUGGGGAGCCAACAGCCUCACCAGGGGCCUCUGGAUGUGGAGCCAUCCCUUCCUGCUGGGGAAGGAGGGGAGGAAGGUGGCCGUGUUCCUGGUGGACACGGGGGACGCCAUGAGCCCUGAACUGAGCAGGGAAACGAGGACCCAGCUCUGCGCCCUCACCUCCAUGCUGAGCUCCUACCAGAUCCUCACGGCCUUCCAGGAGCUGAAGGAUACAGACCUGGAAUAUCUGGAGAUGUUUGUCCACGUGGCCGAGGUGAUGGGCAGGCAUUAUGGGAUGGUGCCAAUCCAGCACCUGGACCUCUUAGUUCGUGACUCAUCCCACCCCAGCAAGGCGGGGCAGGGGCAUGUAGGCGACAUCAUCAAGAAGUCGUCUGGCAAAUACCCCAAGGUUCAGGGGCUGCUCCAAGGAAGGCGAGCCCGCUGCUGCCUCCUGCCAGCUCCCAGGAGGCGGUGGGCGAGCAAAGGCCACGGAAGCCCGGGAGACACAGAUGACGAUGCUGGGCACCUCCGCGCCUACGUGGCCGACGUGCUGAGCGCGGCCCCCCUGCACGCCAAGAGCCGCUGCCAGGGCUACUGGAGCGAGGGGCGCCCCGCGGCCCGGUGGGACAGACGCCUGCUCACGGGGCAGCAGCUGGCUCAGGAAAUCAAGAACCUCUCGGGCUGGAUGGGCAGGACGGGGCCUGGGUGCGCCUCUCCGGAUGAGAUGGCUGCCCAGCUGCGCGACCUUCGGACGGUGGAAGCUGCCAAGAAGGAAUUUGAGGAGUACUUGCGGCAGCAGGACGUGGCCACCAAGCGCAUAUUUUCUGCGCUCCGGGUGCUGCCAGACACCAUGCGGAACCUCCUGUCGGCCCAGAAGGACGCGCUCCUGGCUCGGCACGGGGCGGCCUUGCAGUGCACGGGGAGGGAGCAGACCUUAGAGGCCCUGGAGGCCGAGCUGCAGGCCGAGGCCAAGGCCUUCAUGGACUCCUACACCGUGCGCUUCUGCGGCCACCUGGCCGCCGUGGGCGGCGCUGUGGGCGCGGGGCUCAUGGGCCUGGCGGGGGGCGUGGUGGGCGCCGGCAUGGCCGCCGCGGCGCUGGCCGCAGAAGCGGGGAUGGUGGCCGCAGGAGCUGCGGUGGGGGCCACGGGGGCGGCCGUGGUCGGGGGAGGCGUGGGUGCCGGGUUGGCGGCCACGGUGGGCUGCAUGGAGAAGGAGGAGGACGAGGGAGUGCAGGAGGGGGACCGGGAGCCCCUGCUGCAGGAGGAGUGACCGCCCGCCAGAUGCUCCAGGGAAGGAGAGCUGCCGGGGGAGGGGAGGGAUGGGGGCCGCUGUUCCAGGGGCCCCUGUGUGCCACACCACCCUGGUUGAACGCCCCAUCCGGGUGGUGACCGAGACUCGAGGAGGCCUCAGGGCCGGCGGCAGAGUGUGAGCCUGAACAGUCUGGGGCGUUUCUGUUGCAGACGACUGCUAACCUGCCUCUCUUCCCAGAUAAACCGGGCCCCAGGGUCUCCCGCCAAGAUUGGGGCCCACCCUCCCCGCCCUGGCUUAUUUCCCGGGAUGGUAGGGGGGCUGAGCGGGCGCCAUUCUGGAAGUCCCCCCUUCAGAGACGGGAGCCGCCCCGGGACGGGUGACCUAGGUGUUCAAGAUUGGGAGCCCUGAUAAGAGGCUGGGGAAGGAACAGGAGGGGCCACCGGGCAAAGCCAAAGAGUCCGGGUGGUGCACGGUGGCCUAACCCCCCGAGUGGAGCCUCUUUCCAAAGCUACCCCAGCAGGACGGGGGCCACCCGCUUCUCCCGCAGCCCCGGGGAGCCCACAUGUGCACCGUGAAUGGGCUUCCCUUACGUGUCCCUCGUGGUUGUGCCCUUUGUCCAGCCUGGUCAGUGCCCACGUUCUUUGUGGAAUGCCAUCCCAGCAACGGGUCAAAAGCCAAAGAAGAACACCUGUAGUUGCAUUCUGAGCUACAUCGACAGCCCUCAUAGCAGAUUCUAUGGAAGUCCUGGGGGGACAC